CAAUAAUCCAAUUCACCCUACGGGGUUCUGUCAGUGGACGUAGGCGUUAUUGCCGAACCACUUUAAUUUCUGUCUUCUUUAUUUGUGUUUGAUCUUUGUGCUCAAUCGAUGAUCCGUCUCUAUGAUACCCAUAAUUUAUUAAUUUUGACCCACAGAAUCUGAUCAAUAGAAUGAAGAAGGCUACGCGUGCAUGUAAAAACAUUGUUGAUGGCUUUGCGGAGGAGCGGAGAAGCGCCGAUGUUUUACGCAAUAACAACGAGGAGAAGGAUUAUUGGGAUUUGUUGAUGGACUUCCAAGGUAUUGGAAAAGAUGAACCAAGGAAACUGUCACGCGGACAAAUUAAUUGGUUUAUAACGGAAAUCUUAAUCUCUGGAACCGACACAGUAACCACUUCCGUGGAAUGGGCAAUGACAGAAGUUAUGCGCAAUCCAGAGGUAAUGAGGAAGGCCAAAGAUGAGAUUGCGCAGGUUGUUGGUUAUAAUAGAAAUAUUGAAGAAAGUGAUAUCGAAAGUUUACCUUAUGUAGAUGCGGUGAUUAAAGAAGCACUGAGAUUGCAUCCACCGUCUCCUCUGCUAAUACCACGCACUACUGUUGAAGACACAGAAUUCAUGGGGUAUAUUAUACCUAAAGACACAGCAGUGUUGGUUAAUGUUUGGGGUAUUGGAAGGGAUUCAUCUUUAUGGGAUGAUCCAUUCUCGUUCAAUCCAGAGCGGUUCUUAGGAAAUCCUACGGAUUACCGCGGACAACAUUAUGAAUAUUUACCGUUUGGAGCUGGAAGACGCAUGUGUCCUGCACUCCCCAUGGCGCACCAGAUUCUUCACAUUGUGGUUGGGUCAUUGCUCCAAUCUUUUGAUUGGACACUUGAAAAUGGCGUCACUCCUGAAUCUAUCGACAUGGAUGAAAAACAAGACAUGGCAUUGAAGAAGUCCACUCCUUUAAGAAUAAUACCAAGAGCACCUGCUCUUGCAGUGUGACUUCAGAUACUCGGCAACAUUGGGAAUUUCAAACCAUGCAUCCAUGAACUUUAUAAUGGUAGUUAUUAAAGACUUUCUUAAUUAAACUCCUAUCGCAUAUGUAUCUGCUUCUGUUUCGGUCUGUUAACAGUUUGUGUGCGUGUCUUGGACUGCCUAUGGUUUGUCUGCAUUGAUCAGGGUAUAUUUUGUAGAGUUUCAUAUUGUUACGCCACAAAUAUGUGUUAUCCAUUUCUCCUCUUUUUGAUUACAGUGCAUCUUCAUAUUU